AUGACCCUGCUCGAGUUUUUCCGCAGGAUCCUGCGCCAUCUGGCCGCCCUCCUCUUGUUUCCUUCCGCCCUCAAAACCGUCCCUGUCACACCCAAGUCCAGCCAUGAAGUCAACGUCGUCGAAACCACCCAACGAAUUCACACACUCGCUUCCCUCAAGGACGAGAUCAUGCAGUUGUUUCACGCCCCUUGUACCAUCCGCCGAAUGCUUUCCAUGUCUUCAGCCUUGCGCGUCCAAUACAAAGCCAAAUUGCAAGAGAGUGAAGCCUGCAUGCUGCCGUCGUUUUGUCAUGCCCUACCCACUGGACAAGAGAAAGGUACCUACAUCGCGCUAGACGUUGGAGGCUCCACCUUCAGAGUCGCUUUGAUCGAACUGCGAGGGAGAAAAACAGACCAGGUUCCUAUGGUCAUCAAGCACAUGACCACUUCCAAAAUUGACGAACGCAUUCGCAAACUACCAUCCGCACAGUUUUUCGAUUGGAUGGCUGGCCGGAUAGGGGCAAUGUUAGAGCACGAGAAGGACCUCCUCCUGUCAGACCAGCCAGUACCGAUGGGACUGGCCUGGAGUUUUCCGAUUGAGCAGACUAGCCAUCGCAGUGGAAAGAUGCAAGGUAUGGGCAAAGGAUUCGCCUGCCACGAAGAUACUAUUGGCAUGGACUUGGCCCAGUUGAUCGAGUCCGCCUGCGUCAAAAGGCGGUUGAAUGUCCGUGUGGAUGCCAUUGUCAACGACUCCUCUGCCACCCUUCUCUCUCAAGCAUACCUCGACCCUGCCACAUCGAUGGCCCUGAUUCUGGGCACCGGAACAAAUGCCGCCGUCUACCUUCCAACGUCGUGCAUGGGAAGUUCCAAGUUUGGCACUCGAGAUCCAUCAUGGUUCCAGGGCGCCCAGAAGGUCAUCACCAACACCGAAGUCUCCAUGUUUGGGAAGCUGAUCUUACCCGAGACUCGCUGGGACCAAACUCUCAACAAUCAACAUCAUAUGCCGGACUUCCAACCCCUUGAGUACAUGGUUACUGGCCGGUACUUGGGAGAACUCUUUCGCUUGAUCAUCUUAGAGGCUGUGGAGACAGGCGAGUUAUUCAAUGGCAAACUCCCAUCAUCAUUGUCCGAUCGUUAUUCUCUAGACACGGAGAUCCUCGCCCAUCUCGAGCAAGAUGACUCGGGGAAUUUGACCAAGUCCGGCCCAAUGAUCAAGGCAGCUUUGCGGUUGAAGCAUGUGCCGUCAAGGAAAGAACUCUUAUUUUUGCGAACGGUCGCACAGUCCAUCUCUUAUCGUGCAUCAGCAUACAUCUCCGUCGCCGUUCAUGCUCUCUGGGCUUUACAGAAGGAAACCGACUCCAAUCCUACCAUUCCUGUAGCCACACCUAAGACCUCCAUUGCCUGCAAUGGAAGCGUUAUCCUGAAAUAUCCUGGUUUCAAGGAGAGGUCUGAAGGAUUCCUUCAUGACAUGAUCACUUCUGGCGCAUCGGCUCGCGGUUCCGCCCAGGCGGAGAAGAUUGUCUUGGUGCCAACAGACGAAGCGGCGGUCUUUGGCGCGGCAGUGGCCGUCGCACUGGCUGAUGGUCCUUGA